AUGGCCUCCCAGCGCCCAGGUUUCCCCCUGCUCCUGGCGCUCACCCUCGCCCUGCCUGUGAGCCUGGCCGCCCAAGAGGUGCACCAGUCCCCCCGCUACGUGAUCGCCCCCGAGGGAGGCUCUGUCAACAUCGCCUGCUCCAGCAACAGCUCUCUGAAGGGGGUGUUCCUCAUCCGAGACUGGCCGACGGCCGACGAUGCCAAAGUGAUCCACUACAGUGAGGGGAAGGUGCCCACCGUGGACGAGCUGUUCAGAAUGCGAGUCAACUUCUCAGGGUCGCAGCAGAACCUGACCAUCACUGUGCACCACCUGCAGCCCACCGACACCGGCAUCUACACCUGCCAGGCUGUCCUGGAUGACAUAGUCUCAGGCUCCGGAACUCUGGUCCUGGUGACAGAUCAACUGCCCCAAGGAGCAGAGUCCCACCAGAAGGACAGGUGGAGAGCCUUUAGCCUCUUUGUGGCCCUGGCCGUGGGCUGCUUCUUAGCCGGGCUGGGCCUGGGGGUGGUGUGUGCACUGAGGAGAACACAGAUCAAGAAGCUCUGCUCAAGGAGGAAUCAGAGCACGGCCAUUGUGGUCUAUGAGGACAUGUCCUGCAGCCGCCAUAACACCCUGUCUGUCCCCAACCACUACCACUGA